CCGCUCCUCCUCCUCCUCCUGACGUCAGCCCGCGGGUCCCGGUCAGUCGCGGGCGGGCGGCGGCGGCGGAGGGCGAUGGCUGGGGGGCGCCGGGGGGGCCCCGCCUGGGGCUGGGGCUGGGGCUGGGGGUGCUGCCUCCUGCUCUGCUGCUGCGGUGCAGCCAGCGGUCUGCAGGUCUCCAUGCCGGAGGUGGUCGAAGCGGAGAGCGAGUCCACGGCCAGGAUCGAGUGCAGCUUCUCCAUCCCUGGGAACGGCUCCUACGCCUACGUCGACUGGUUCUACGUGGACCGCAGCAGCCGGGUGAAGCUGUUGCGCAUCGCGGGCGGCGAGGUGCUGGAGGAGGAGACGAGCUACAAGGGGCGGCUGUCGGUGGGCGAGGACAAGGCCCUGUCCAUCAGCAAGGUGACGCUGCAGGACGCCAGGACCUUCGUGUGCCAGGUCGGGGCGGGCAGCCAGGGCGUGGGCGAGAACCGCACCGAGCUCCACGUCUACAAGGUCCCCGAGACCCCUGAGAUCGAGGCCAGCUCGGCCGGCAUCCCCGUGCACAGCAGCACCACCCCGCAGAUUGCCCAGUGCGUGAGCGAGAACAGCUUCCCACCGGCCAACAUCACCUGGUACAAGAACGGGGAGCAGCUGCAGCCCGAGGAGAACAAGGUGAAGAUCCUGGCCACGCUGACCCGCAAGUCGAGCGGGCUGUACACGGUGAGCAGCAGCCUCUUCGCCACGGUCACGCGGGAGGACCGCAGCUCCUUCUUCCACUGCGCCGUGCACUACUGGCUGCGGGGCCAGAGGCGCUCCAAGGAUUCCCGGCGGGUCAACAUCACCGUCUUCUACCCCACGCAGCACGUGGAGCUGCACAUCGUGCCCGCCGCGGCGCUGGUGAAGGAGGGCGACGACGUGAAGCUGGUGUGCGAGGCCGACGGCAACCCGGCGCCCGUCUUCAGCUUCUACAAGAAAGUGCCGGAGGAGUGGCAGGACGUGACGUCCCUGGCCGACACCAGCAGCGGGGUGCUGAGCCUGCACGGCGUCAACAAGAGCAGCAGCGGCCUGUACAGGUGCCAGAUCCUGGACCUGGACGACAUGACGCAGAUGGAGAAGGACGUGGAGCUCGUCGUGAACUACAUCGAAGGGGUCCGCGUGCAGAUGGAGCCCUCCUCGCCCCUGCACGAAGGGGACAGCGUGAGGCUGAGCUGCAGCGCCCACAGCCCCGUGGACCUGGACUUCCAGUGGAGGGACGAGAGGGGCAGGAAGGUGGCGGAGGGGAACCAGCUCUUCCUGAGGAACCUCACCUUCGAAACCUCCAGCAACUUCAGCUGCCGGGUGGUCGCUCGCAGCGUGCCGGGGCUGGAGCAGAGCAAGCAGGUGGCCGUGGCCGUUCAGGGGAAGCCGCGCAUCGUGGCCAUCAGCUCCCCGCUGUACGUGCGGCAGGACGAGGUGGUGAACCUCACCUGCAAGGCCAUCGCCUUCCCCCGGCCCUCCGUCCGCUGGAGCAUCAACGGGACGGCCCACGAGUACGUGGAGAACCAGCACGUCGCCAGCAACCUGACGGUGCGCGUGAGCCACGACCUGCUGCGGGCGGGGGCCAUGUGCAGGGUCUCCAACGCGCUGGGGGUCAGCGAGAAGCACAUCCAGCUGCUGGAUGAAAAGACCUCGGAGAGCAAAGGCGUGAUCAUCGUGGCCAUCAUCGUCUGCAUCCUCCUGGUGGCCGUGCUGGGCUCCGUCAUCUACUUCCUGCACAAGAAGGGCAAGAUCCCCUGUGGCCGCGCCGGCAAGCAGGACAUCACAAAGCCAGAGGCACGUAAAGACAAGAAUGUAGUUGAAGUUAAGUCAGAUAAACUUGCCGAAGAGGCCGGGCUCCUGCAGGGCGCCAACGGCGAGAGGAGACCUGCCGCUGACCAGAGCGAGAAAUACAUCGAUCUGAGGAACUAGCCAGGGGAUCUCCUAAGUGCUUUCUCCCUUCGACCCUCCCCUGCUCUUGGAUUGCCUUCUCCCACCCCUGCUCCAGCCCCCGGGGAGCGCGGCCGGAGGCGAAACCCCGCGGGGAUGCCCCCGGGACCCCCCCCGCCCCCUCCGUUACCUCAACCGCGGGUUGUCGGCUUGGCAGCAGCGAAGCUGGACUUGCUUUCUGCUACGGGGAAGCCAACAGCAAUACUCGAAAGAAAUCCCCCACUGAGCUGCCCGAGGGAAGGAGCCGAGGCUUUUUCAGGAACUCCGUCGCGUGCGGGAAGGUUUUUGACGCGUUUUUUUUUUUUUUUUUUUUUCCUCCCCAAAUUUGCUCAGAAAAGCUGGCGGAAUUUUUGCUUUUUCGCAGCGGGGCGGCGCGGGCACCUCAGGGGCAGGGUGUGGGGGGCAGAGCGGCGAAGGGGGGGCGCUGGGGCUUUGGGGGUUUCCCUCUGAGCCCCCCGGGCCUUGUUGCUGAGCCCUGCCCCUCCCCGGGGUGCUGCGGGCGGGGACCCGGGGCAGGGACGGGGCUCUCAGGUCCUUGGGGGAUGCAGGUUCUUAAAUCCUCCUGUUUGAAGGUUUGCUGCCGGGGGGGGAGGACGAACUGAGUUGCUUUUAGGGAGGCUGCGCAGCCGCUGGCACCGCUGGGUCGUGUUUAAACGUAAACCCGAGGAAUGUCAGGUCAGGGCCAGCCGGCGAUGUCUCAGGGUUGGAUUUUUCUUUUUUUUUUUUGGCUAAACAUUUAUCAGCCCCAGGGAAAACUGGUUUAUUUCUUGCUUCAGUGACACCUCUGCCCCCCCCCCCACCCCCCCAGGAGGAGGCAGCUCGCCCUCCUGCCCCCUCGGGGAGGGAAAAAAAACCCCCCGUCCCCAGCCUCCCCCCGCCGCCCCGCAGCCCCCAGCCCCUUCCCAGUCGGCACCGGGCCCCGCUCGUGAGCUGCAAGUGUCGUCGAAGCAGAAGCUUUGGUUUAUAUAUAUUUUUGUUGGGUUGUGUGUACAUUUCCGGGAGUUUUGUCUGAUAUUUGCCAGUCGUUUUGUUUUUUUUUUUUAUAUAUAUAUAUAUGUGAAAAUAAAGUACCGACGUCAAA